UAUAACUACAUUAUAAUUAUUUAGCUUAUUAUUUUAUUUUUAUGAUGGUAGAAUCAGAGAUCCGAGAGAAAAAAUACCAAUACGGUUCUAACAGGAGAUAACCACGCAUCGGACUCUAUCGCACAUUGUUCGGGGGAGGUAAAUGAGAAGGACAAUGAGGAAGAGGAUAGCAAUAGAACUGCUUCACCGUUCCAGGACAUUCCUCAUCAUGAAUCUCUGGAUGAAGAGAUGUCAAUAUUCCCUGUGAGCAACCUUGAGAACAGUCCAGAAGAGGAUAAUGAUGUAACAUUAGAGGUUCUCUUGGAUGACCCAUUUGUAGGCAGGGAAGUGGAAGAUGAAGACCAGGAUAUCUUUUAUGAUUUGUCAGCAAAUGAUGCAGAACUGACUAUUGAAGACAAUUUGAACAAUGAUGACAUUGAUGCUGAACCAUUGUAUCCAGGAGCAAGUGUUAGCAUUGGUGCCUUCAUGUUAUUAAUAGCUAUUUUUUCUACAAAAUACAAUCUCAUUGGAGAUGGAGUUGAACAACUUUAAAAAUCAUUGCACUGGCUCUACCAAAUGGACACAAAUUGUGCACUAGCUUACAUUCUUUCAAAAUGUACUUCAGGAACUUGCGCAAUCCCUUGAUUAAGCAUUAUUACUGUGCUAGAUGUUUAGCAUUUCAAAAAAAUAAUGGUCCAGGAGAAAAUUGUACAGUUUGUGAGAGUGCUAUGGAUAAAUCAAACAAACGUUACUUCCUGGAAAUGCCAAUUGAAAACCAACUGAAAAACUUGUUUGCUCAAAAUGGCUUUUACAAUAAUUUGCAAGGUCGAUUUAGAAAAUCUUUCAAUAACAGUUAUGAGGAUAUUACUGAUGGAACCCUUUACAGACAACUUUACAACAAUGAUGGACCUCUGAGCUCAUCAGAUAACCUCUCUUUUGUUUUAAACACAGAUGGAGCUCCAGUUUUCAAAAGUAGCAAAGUUUCGAUAUGGCCAGUUUUUCUUGUCAUAAAUGAACUUCCCUUUAAAAUCAGAAUGAAAAAGGAAAAUAUGAUCUUGGCAGCACUUUGGUUUGGAAAUGAAAAACCAGCAAUGGGGACUUUCCUUAAACCACUCCAGAAAUCUUUUUUGGCAUUGAAGGAUGGAAUUAAGUGUUUUUCACCUGAGCGAGGAGAGUUUCUAAGCAAGUGCUUCCUUCUUGCAGCAACAGCAGACUUACCUGCUCGAAGUUUACUGUGCAAUAGUGUGCAGUUUAAUGGGAAGUUUGGUUGUUGGAAAUGUACACAACCUGGUGAAACUGCACCUGUUGGAAAGGGGCACACUCAUGUGUUUCCUUUCCAAAAAGAGGAUCCAAUGGGGCCUGUCAGGACUGCAGAAUCUGUGAAGCAAAAUUCCAUCCAAGCUUUGAGAAACGCAAGAGAAAAAGUAAAAAACCCUGCUGUCUGUGGAGUUAAGGGUCCUUCUUGGAUUUCCUAUUUCCCUCAUUUUGAUUGUGUUCAAGGAAUUGCAAUAGAUUAUAUGCAUGGCGUAUUAUUAGGAGUUCAAAAAUUACUCUUGACGCUAUGGUUCUCUCCAAAACACAAAAACAGAGACUUCAGCAUUUCAGAUCAGUCAGACAGGUUGAAUAAUCGUCUGGAAAACAUCCACCCAACCUUGGACAUUACACAGUUACCAAGAUCCAUCACUGACAUGAAGUACUGGAAAGCUUCAGAGUACCGAUCUUUCCUUCUUUACUAUGGAGGACCAGUGAUGUAUGGCCUUUUGAAUGAAGAUCGAUUCAACCAUUACAUGUGUCUUGUAAAUGCGGUACACAUUUUACUUGGCAAUGGAUCUUCUGUUUUCAAUGUAAACAGAGCUGAAAGAAUGCUUUUAACAUUUUGUGAACAUUUUGAAAACUUAUAUUCUCGAUCAUUUAUGACUCUUAAUGUUCACCAGCUUGUUCACAUGGCACAAGGAGUCAGGUGUUUAGGUCCUCUGUACACACACAGCUGCUUUCCUUUUGAGGACAAAAAUGGAUUUAUACUAAAACUAAUAAGAGGGACUCAAAAUAUUGAUAACCAGAUAAUUACAGGGGUGUCUUUUAUUCAAAAAAUGCCAGAGCUGAAACAAAACUGUCUCACAAAGGGAUCUGAUGUUGAAAAAUUGUGCCAUUCUAUAGAAAAUCCACAUCCUAUACAAAGAGGUGAAAAAAUUUGUGACGGUGCGUAUGUUCUUGGUGGGAUAAAACAAAGACAAUUGUUAGAUGAUGAAUAUGAUGCACUCUGUAGGUUUACUGGAACUGCAUAUGUCACUGACAAUUUGCCUAGUUUUAUGCGUUUAGAAAAAGACAACUGUCUAAUCUAUGGAAUUGAAUAUGCCCGCAUGACAAAACGUGACAAUUCAACAAUCAUGUUUACAGGAACAAAUGCUGUUAAGUUCGGAAGAGUGCGAUGUUUCCUGAAAUUAAUAGAGAACAUACCUGUAGCUGUUGUGGAGGAACUGAACUGUCUGUCAUAUAAUGACAGGAGUAACUUAUUAUCUGUCAAACAAUCAGGUAUUCUAACAGUUGUUCCAGUUGACAGUAUUAAGAUGCUGUGUAUGUUGAUUAACAUUGAGGGCCAAAAUCAGAUGUUUGUGUGCAAAUUUCCAAAUAGACUUGAAUGUGAUUGAGUUACAGGAAAGGGGGGGGGGCAUUUAUA